AUGGAAGGACUGCCAGGAUCAGCUUCUAAGAAGUUACAAAUCUUUGGAAAAGUGGGAUCUGAGCGCUGGGCGAAGAAUCAUGCCCCUGUGGAUAAAUACUAUAAAUCUCUAGUCAGAGGAGAUCUGAAGAAGCUCAAAGCCUUGAUAGAUCAGUACUAUGAAGAUGUCAACAUGACCUUUGAGAUCAGUGAAAAUGAGCUGGAAUGGCAGGUGAAAAGCCACGCUACGUUUGGACUGUCAGGCCUGUGGUCUCUCGAAUACAAGCGGGAACUCACCAACCCCCUCUGCAUCUCCGCCAGCCACGGACACACCGCCUGCCUUCGUCACCUGCUGUUCUGGCGGGCAGACCCCAAUGCCAUGCCAGGGGGGCAGAGCGCGCUGCAUGAAGCCUGCAGAGGGGGGCACGCCGAUUGCGUGGAGCUUCUGCUGGAACACAAGGCAAACCCCAACCUUCUGAAUGAUGAUGGCCAAGCACCUUUGCACCUGUGCACCAGCCAGGACUCUCUGGGGUGUGCAAGAACUCUGGUGACCUUUGGUGCCUUGGUCAACCAGCCCAGUGAAGAGACCCAGGAAUCCCCUCUUCAUAUUGCAGCUAAACAUGGCCUUAAGGAGCACGUCGACCUGUAUUUGAGGAACGGCGCGACAGUGGAUAUGAAGAACAGCCUGGAGGAGACGCCACUCGGUGUUGCUUGCAGAGAAGCAAAGGAAGAGGCGAAGCAAGAAAGCUUCUUGCGAGUGUGCCGACUGCUGAUUAAAUACGGAGCAGAAGUGAAUUCGGAGGAUGAAGAGAUGAAGACCCCGCUUCACAAGGCCUGCAAGAACGCUCAUCACAGCUUGGUUCUACUUCUGCUGCAAAGCCAAGCAGAUGUCAGUGCCGUGGACUACAACGGGGCGUCCCCACUGUCCUGCGUCCUCCAGACAGCAGCUUUCAAGAAAGAGCUGAGGCCCCACCGUACAAUACAGACCUUGCUGAACCACGGCUCUCCGAAAAUAUGGCCAACAGCUUUUGUCAAGGUGCUGAAAUCUUGCGCUUCUGUGCCAGAGAUCAUCGAAAUCCUUUGCAAUUCCUACUCUCAUCUGCCCAUCUCUGAGAAGUGGGUGGAAGCUAUCCCAGAGGAAGAUUUUCAGAGGUAUCUGCCUUUUUAUGAGUCCCUCUUCCAUCAGAUGUACACCGUGCGGACUCUGCAACAUCUGUGUCGCUGUGCCAUCAGAAGAAGGCUUGGCAGGAGGUGCUAUUGUCUCAUUGCCCUCCUCCCCAUGCCUGAAUCUUUACAAAGCUACCUCCUGUUGGAACCAGAGGGAGUCCUCCUUUGAAGCUCCUACGGAAUUUCAAUAUUGUGUCCUUUCGCUGGCUCGUCCUCGCUGAUGUACAACAAACUUUUCCGUUUGUCGAUCAACGAUUUCCCAUUCCCGCUGCAGAUAAAAUGCCUUCUGCGUUCACACAAGUGUACAGUUUCACAGAGUGUCAAAGCCUUUCUUUUUUUAUGAUAUGACUUUUCUGGCUACAUUUUACUUCACAGAUGCUCUGGUUUGUUUAGUGCUUCAUAGAUUUCUUGUGUAGUGAUCUAUUAGUACCAUAUAAACAGCAUAGAGCAUGAAUAAUAAAGGGUUAGGAGAAUUUCAGAAUAAAGCAUUUGCUGUUGAUACCCUGGACUCCAGUAAAAGGUCAGUGAUUAUUGAGUUCAUAAACUGUUUAGAAUUGGAUUGUAAAAGGCUAAU